ACCGGGGCGGCGCCGUCUCUACCAGUCUAAACCUGGAAGGUGGCGCGGGUCUGACGCUGAGCUGACGCACCAGAAUGUCCCGGUAACGAUCUCGGCCCGCCCCCUGGGGUCCGUCAGCUAGGCCGCUCAGAGCUGCAGCCAGACUCACACGCCGCGGAAACCCAAGGGAGAAUCGACCACAGCCUCCGCAAGGUCCCGACGGGGCGGGCCAAGCUCCGCCCCUGCGCGCUUCGAGUGGCUCUAGAUCCGGAUUUACCCCUUCCCCGCGUUGUCAUUGGCCUAGGCAGAGCCCAGUAGCGUGGAGCCGCACCGCUCUCUCCGCGCUCCUAUUGGUUCAGGGUUGUAGCGCAUCCGCUCCCAGAGCUUUCAUUGGUCGAGCCCAGCCACUAGGGGUAGGGCAGCACUGGAGCGACGACAACAAAGGGCGGCAGGCGGCGGUGACCGCGUCUCCCGGUGCUCUCCUCAGGCUGCGCACCCGGACCUGCCCGCCUGGCUCCAGAUGAAGUGUGAGCACUGCACGCGGAAGGAAUGUAGUAAAAAAACAAAAACCGAUGACCAAGAAAAUGCAUCAGUCGAUGUACCAAGUCCAGCCCAGGAGAAUGGAGAGAAGGGAGAAUUCCAUAAAUUGGCUGAUGCCAAGAUAUUUCUGAGUGACUGCCUGGCCUGUGACAGCUGUGUGUCUGCGGAGGAAGGAAUCCAGGUUUCCCAGCAGAACGCCAAGGACUUCUUCCAAGUUCUGAACCUUAACAAGAAAUGUGAUGCCUCGGAGCACAGGGUGUUGGCAGUGUCCCUGUGUCCUCAGUCUUUGCCUUAUUUUGCUGCUAAAUUCAGCCUCAGUGUGACUGAUGCAUCCAGAAGGCUCUGUGGUUUCCUCAAAAGUCUUGGGGUGCAUUAUGUCUUUGAUACAACGAUCGCUGCAGAUUUCAGCAUCCUGGAAAGUCAGAAAGAGUUUGUGCGUCGAUUCCGCCAGCACAAUGAGGAAGAGCCUGCGUUACCCAUGCUGACCUCUGCCUGUCCUGGCUGGGUCCGCUAUGCUGAGCGGGUGCUGGGUCACCCCGUCACCCCCCACCUCUGCACUGCCAAGUCUCCCCAGCAGAUCAUGGGAUCCCUGGUGAAGGACUACUUUGCCAGACGGCAGAACCUGUCCCCAGACAAGAUUUUCCAUGUCAUCGUGGCACCGUGCUACGACAAGAAGCUGGAGGCCCUUCAGGAAGACGUCCUCACAGCCUCUCGGGGUUCCCGGGGCACUGACUGCGUGCUGACCUCAGGUGAAAUAGCUCAGAUGAUGGAGCAGAGUGACGUCUCAGUGAGAGAGGCUGCCCUGGACACGCUGUUUGGCGACAUGAAGGAGGAGGAGCUGAGGCGCCACGAUGGAGCCGGCUCCGACGGGUACCUGGCACACAUCUUCAGACAUGCGGCCAAGGAGCUGUUCAACGAGGAUGUGGGGGAGGUCACCUACCGGGCCCUGAGGAACAAAGACUUCCAGGAGGUCACCCUCGAGAAGAGUGGAGAGGUCCUCUUGCGCUUUGCUGCAGCUUAUGGCUUUCGAAACAUCCAGAACGUGAUCCUAAAGCUGAAGAAGGGCAAGUUCCCAUACCACUUUGUGGAGGUUCUUGCCUGUGCUGGCGGAUGCCUUAAUGGCAGAGGCCAAGCCCGGACCGCGGACGGGCGCACAGACAAGGCCCUGCUGCAGAAGAUGAAAGGCAUCUACGCCGACAUCCCCGUGCAGCUCCCGGAGGCCAGCACCCACGUGCAGGAGUUGUACCAGGAGUGGCUGGAUGGCACCGACUCCCCCCGUGUCCAGGAAGCCCUGCAUACUGCGUACCAGGGCCCAGGGCAGCCCGCUGACAGCCGAGACAUCAAGUGGUGAAGAUCAAGGAGACUGGGAGGCAGGCCUGUCAGCUGCCUGAGGACGGAGGAGCUACCCUGUGUGGGUAUCAGAGACACCUGAAGAAAACAGCUCAGCUUUCCUUUUACCACUUUGGUUUUUCAGAAUCCUCUGCUACCCCCAUUUGUCAGCAGCCCCCUGCCUCAGUUCGAUGUGGUGCUAUCUUCGUAAUAUGUGUGUAAUUGGAAUAUUUUAACAGGAGAGAAGGGUUGCCCCAAUCUGAGUUUCCUUUAAGACUAAAAAAUUCCAAAGAACAAGAAUGGAGACAGACUACUGUCUUUUAGGCUUAAAAAAAAAAAACCCAAAAAGUGUCCUGUGAAGAGUUAAGACCCCAGAAGUUGUGAUUCAUAUACCUCAGAGAUUUGAUGCGGAAAUGACAGGAAGCAGGCAGGCUGCGGGGGUUGUGGGCCAUGGUCUGUGGUGUUCCCAGUUGGCUCUUGUUUUUACAGACCACGUUUUUUAUUCCUGAGAAUGGUUUUGCCAGAAUGUGAAUAAACUGCAUCCUUUUGGAGUUGGGGAGCUCAUAUGAAUCUGGCUUUUCAGUUUCUCUAGAGAAAAAGUUCUGGCAACAGUGGGCCGUGUUUCUCACUGCCGCAGUGGCCAGAGUGCAGCGGCAGCCGCCGCCUGGGACCAGCCCCUCUAACUGCGGGCCUGGCAGGCUCUGGCAGCUUAUACCCCACGCUCAUUCACAUUCAGUCUUUAGGUGAACUCACCUCGAAGCAGAGGGAGGCCUGCGAAGGGUGACAGGUGUUACACAUGGAAGGACGGGAGAGGCAGCUGACCUGCUUAGGCCAAACUGGUCAGGAGUCCGCCUGCUCCAUUCUUCUCUGGGUGGGAUCAGACAGGUUACAGCCAUCCUGUCCUCAACCUCAGAUGAGGCAGCUUCUCAAUGGUCUUGCCUCUCCCCGCCACCCCCCACCCCACCAUCAUCCUCCUCACGUACUGUGGGCCUGGCUCAUCCACGUGGCUCCUGACAGGACCCCCGCUCCCGCCCCGCCACCUGGCAUGUAGUGCUCAUGUGAGCUUGCCUUAAAGGUAAACGGAAGAGAACAGUUUUCCUAUGAACAGAAAGGGCUAGCAAAGAAUUGGAAAUUACAGAAUCACAAAACCAUAUCAGGGCUCAUCCUGUGAAACGACGUCUGUGGAUAGGCCUCCAGUUGGUUCUUCAAAGCACUUGAAUUUUGUUAACAUGGAUAGUAGCGGCAUUCUUGGAUUCCUCAGUGCUUAUGAAGCCUGAGCUGUUAGAUUUCCUUCACUGACUCUGUUGUAUUGUACCUGUAUACCUAUUGGGGUUGAAAACUGGAUAUAUUGUGUGAAAUUGUAUAUUUUUUGCUUUCAACCUAUGUACAAUUAAUUGGGUUUCUCUCCUCUGCAGUAACUGAUGAUGGAAUAAACACUUGAGGAGUG